GUCAGGAUUGCAAUGUGACACUAGUGUGUAGAUUCAUCUUCCCAGCAGAUCCAGUGCUCUAAAGUAUUUAAAUAUAUUCAUUCACAUCUUUAAAAAAUUCGCAUCUAAAAGCAGUGUAGUGUAUAAUGUUUCAGUGACAUCAUGGUGUGGGAGGUGGUGACCCCAGCUGUGCUGUCCGGCGACCCCAAAAACCACAAGGUCCGGGAGCCAGAGCUUCAGAGUGAACACUCAGUGAUGACAGAUGUAGAAGGAGACCAGUCACAUGAGCUGCUCCGCUGUGACGAGCACUUCCCCCCCUCACCUGGCUGCGCCACCAGUGACAGCCACAUGGAUUAUGAUGACCUUCCAGAUUUACAGGAGGUUCGGGAGGAGGCGGAGCCAACCGCGCCACCUGUUUACCAGGUGGGGGUGGGUGUGUCCCACCAGUGGGUCCCACCAGGAGGUGCAUACGCGAUGGCACACAGCCCACAGCCUCCUGACACACGCUGGCUCACGCAGCUGGCUCACAUCGCCACCGGGCCCCAGAGCCCCCUGCUGCAGGGGCCUCCUCACAGCAGCUCCUCCCUGGUCUGCAUCUCCAGGAUCAGCAGUGAUCUACAUUCCUACGCCCGGCCUCCUCCUCCUCCUCUCCCCAGCAGCUCACUGUCGCCCCCUCAAGGCCAAGGGAGGGAGCGUCGACGCAGCAGGACGACCAGUGAAUGUGGCUCUGCCGUGUCAACCAGAUCCUCUCUCUCUGAAGACGAAGACAUGGGCUGGAGCUUCUCCUGGCCCCCCACCGCCUGGCACUGUUUUCUCAAAGGCACUCAUCUGCGUUUCCACAGUGGCUGUAACGUUGAGUGGCAGGAAGCUGAGGAGUUGGAUUCUGCUGAGAAAGACUCCAGAUCUCUGAAGAGUUACGGCUCUGAGGGUCUGCAGCUGGUGGAGCGCUCGGAGGCAGUGUUGUCUGGUCGCGCCGUUCUACAGCUGACCUUUGACCCCGGUGCAUUUGGACAUGUGCCUAUGACCGCCCGGUGCCAACUCGACCACCCCUUCUAUGUGAAAAACAAAGGAUGGUCAUCCUUCUACCCAAGUUUGACUGUGGUGCAUUAUGGGAUACCGUGCUAUGAAAUGAAGGUAGGAGACGUUUGCCUGCCUCCAGGACACAGAGAUGCCAAACACACAGACGACUCACUGGUCUUCGACGCCUUCAGGAGUCACGAUUUCACUCCUCUGGACUCGUCUGCGGUUUACGUGUUGAGCAGCAUGGCCAGACGGCGGCGGGCCUCCCAGUCCAUCGCAGGAGCUGCUUCUCCAGACAGAGACGCACCACAUGGUGGAGAAGCCCACAGUCCCAGCCACUCCAGCUCUCCUCAUCAAAAGCCAACCAGGGGCCAGUCUGCCGGUGCACAGGCAGGAAGUAAUGGCCCGCCUGUUAAGUGCAAGCGGCCAAUGAACGCCUUCAUGCUGUUCGCCCAGAAGUUCAGGGUGGAGUACACGCAUAUGUACCCGGGCAAGGACAACAGAGCGAUCAGUGUCCUCCUUGGCGAACACUGGAAGAAAAUGCGAAAUGAGGAGAGGCGGGUGUUCACCCUACAUGCCAAAACCCUGGCAGACGAACAGAAAAGAAUCAAUCCAGACUGUUGGAAACGCAAACGAACCAACUCUGGUUGUCAGUGAAAUUAAGGCCACGGAGACACAAAGAGGACACACACAAAUAUGACAAAGUGACAAAGAAAAGAAAAACCGUGCUGAACCUAAUACUUUGCUUUGAUAUAAGAUUUGAUUUACAGACUGGCCUUUUUUUAAAGAUCCUCUCAAACCUUGUCUCGGUCAAAACGAGAGGCAGUGUCUGCUUUCAAAAAAUGUCCCCUUCCUCUCACUUGCUUUAGAAUGUGCUGAUUGUUCAGCGGAAAACAUCUUUAUACUCUUAUCGUGAAUUAAAACAAGGUGUCUCCAUCUUCAGUGAGAACACAUUUCAAAACUAGAUGAAGACACAGAUCAUCAGGGUUCUCGCUAAGACUGGAACUCCACAAAUGAUUACAGGAAUGGGGCAAGAAUAUUAGAUUAAAUAAGUCUGAUGAUUUUCAGUUUCUCAUGCUUGGGUGGGCGUUGUGGUGCUGUAGCAUUUAAGUCGAAAAUGUAGCAAUUUUCCCCAAAUUAUACUUAUAUUAUAAAAGAAAUGUACAAAAUAUUAACUGCUUUUUUUACUUGUAAUUUAUGUAUUUCACAAGAGUUUUCAUGUAAUUCAUCCUGGAAAAUGUAAUAAUUAAAUUAGAAUGACGCUUAGUAAAGCUCAUACCUCCGCCAAAGGCCGAACAAAAUAUAACAAAUCCUCGACUGGCUUAACUCAACUUAACUUAACAAAUAACAGGCCUUAAAAUAUAGACAGUUUGAUCAGUUUAAAUGUUUUUGUUAAAAAGAAAUCUCCAUCUAACUCUGAUCUGUUUUACAUUUUUAACAUUGAAAGCCUCUCUAGCAUUUGAGGGUUCAGAAUGCCUUUACUUCCUUAAGAAGGCUUUUAUUUUGAAAAAGGAGUUUCCUUUGUGAAAUGCAGUGUAAUGAGAUAUUGGCUAUUAUGGAAACGCUGAUUAUGCCAAAAGUACCACAAUCGCCAUUGUAGUAAAGGUACUAUUAACAUAAUUUCCCUCCAAAUGGUCGUUAGCCAAAUCGUUAGCUCUAUGUUGCUGCUUUCUUAUUGCCAUAAUAACAUGUUUUUUAAUGUGUUCUGUCAAAGUGUCUUUGUGUAUAAUCAAAGAAACAUGAAUGCAAGAGAGGGUUCAUGUUUCUCACAGCUUUAUGAGAAGCUUUAUUUAAGAAGUGUUUUCAGAAAAUAUCAUCCACCAGCGUCAGACUGGUCAGAAAAACAACUUGGAGUUUCAAAAUAGUACAUGGUAUUUUAAAACCAGUUGAGGCAAUUUUCAGUUUUAAACAGACGAAACUGAUUUGAUAAAUGAUGUGGAAACAAAUUUGUCGAAGCAGUAAUGUUCACAAGAAUACUUUGAACAUUUGGGGAACAUCAUCAGCAUAAUAAUGUUUUGUUUUUGUCAUAUUUAAAAAGAAAUCUAUUUUUUGUGUGUAUUUUAAUCCAGGUGAUCUGUUUUUUUGAAGGUCAGAAAAAAAACAGUCAGUAUUUCUCAUCUCUUUAAAACUCAGCAUUUCACUCUCGUUCAAUGUGUCACAAACCUCCCUUUAGUUGAAAAGAUGGAGGGGAGUCUUCCUCUCAGAGCCCUGAGGAGUUAGGACUUAUUUUUAGCUUGAAACAAACUGUUGCAAAAAAAGUUUUUAAAAACAGACUAAGUUGAGGAGCUUUUAGAGUAAUUACAGAUAAUACGACGAGACAGACCUGGGCCCUCAAGGACUUACUGGAUAUUAGGCUUCUGACCACAGACUGUCUGUGUGAAGAUCUGACUAAAGGCCACAUCUGUAAAAAUGUUUGCCUGAAGAGUAAGACCCAGGAAAGCAAAAACACGUUGGGUAAAAUGUUACCUUUAAUAAAAACCCAGCGUCGUUAAAGUGAUAGUACAUGUACCUCAAAUACUGAGUCGAUACUCUCUAACCAGGUGUGUGAGGCUUUAGAAACAUGGUGUGACUGUAUCUGAAUCUGUGUUUUCAUGUGUGAAAGCAGGAAUCUGCUUUGGGUUUCAAUCGUAGACUGUUUAUAAAGAUGGACGACAUGAUGGCUCCCCAAAAGUGAAGCCAAAGCAUCUGGAUUGCCCCCUGGUGGCUGGCUGCAGUAUGUCUUAAAUCAUGCCUCCUCCAUGUUAGUGGAGGGGACAUGAGGCAAACUAAAAAGUCAAAGAUGGUUUCUGUCAUUUUAGUUAUCACACUGGUGUUUGUUCAUUUUUAUUCAGUUAUUUGAUGCUAUAAAAACAGAGUGAAACUGGCUGAAUGACGGCCAAAGCACAAAAUGGCAGCAUCCAUAUCCCAGAUGUUUGACGUCCAUCUUUAUUCACAGUCUGAUUUCAAUGCUUGAAAAAAAAAUGUUUUUACAGAAAAAAAUGAAUAUUUCCAGAGUAUUUCCAGCGCUCACACUCUCACUGCAUAACGAGGUUUAUUCUUAAUGCACUAUAUACACUUUAUCUUUUUUGACUGCUACAGUAUCACGACAAAUAUUAAUAUGACUAUAUACAGAAAUAUCUAUAUUUUUUGGUUCUAUCUUAAUCUUUGUUACGCUUUCAUGGUUGUGAUUUGAUUAUUUGACUUUUGUAUGUCGUUGUGAUCAUGUUGUGUACAGGUCCAUCAGGGGAGACAAUGCAAUAUAUUGUAUUAUAGUAUAAAUAAAAGCAUGAGAAAUGUA